ACCACGCCUUUGCUUAAACAGGUAUUGUAAUUUUACCUCCUAAAGGACGUUCUGCGACAUGAAACAGAAACAAAACUACAAAACCUCUUCCCACUUUAAGGUCGGAUGAAGAGUCUGCGCUGAGGUUUCAAAGGGAAAUAUUUCCCGACAAAAUUUAACAGAGGGGUCACUUUUAAUCAGGUGUUUGUUCAUUUGAAGAAGAGAAAAUGAAUUUUAUUUCUCUCGUCCUGCUUGUCUUUGGUUUGAGCUCAACGUUGGCACAGAAUAGCGUUACAACAGCUCCAAAUACGACAACACAGACUACACAAUCUUCAACUACGACAACACAGACUACAACAACACAAACUACGACUAAAGCAACCGCACCGACUACACCACAUCCAAGCUGUGAGAGCAAGAAUGGUACAAGCUGUGAGGAAUGCUUGGCAUAUGUGGAUUGUCUGUGGUGCAUUCCAACUAAAAAAUGUAUAACAUACCCAGCCAAAACCAUCCUGCCCCCCCAAUCCAUCUGCCCACUGAGUGAUGCUCGAUGGGGCCUUUGCUCAAUGAACUUCCAGAUUUUGAUCAUUACAUUGUCAGUGGUUGGAGCGGCCCUCAUCAUUGGUGUUUUGCUUUGUAUAUUCUGCUGCUGCAAGUGUGAGAACAUUGGAUCUGCUCGAUUUGAGAACAGGAUGAACCGGCAAUCAGACAAGAGAAAAACAAAACAAGAGCAGAGAAAAGCUGAUUUGAAGGUUAGACAUGAUGAGAUCCGACAGAAAUAUGGUCUCAGCAGGGCAAGUCCUUAUGCCAGAUUUGACAAUCCCAGCUAAAAUGAUGGGUACACUGUUUUAAAGAUAAAUACAUAUUUAAAGAUGCUGCCUAUGAUACUUAUAUUAUUAAAAUAGAUACAUAAAAAAAUGAGAUUACACUCUGCUCAAAAUUAUGAUUUUACAGUAAGAUUCAGCUUUAUUUCAAAAAUGUAUUUCUGUUCCUUAAUUUUAUAUUCUACAAGUUUCCACAAAGACUGCAACUAUGCAAUAGCCUGUAGUAUCUACUGACUAAAAUCACAGUUUCUUUUAAAACUCAAUGAUGUAAUCACAGAACAAAACUCAGCUAUAUUAUAAACAGAGAAUGUUGAAGAAUUU